AGUCCAGUUUAUUUAUACGUCCGUGCUCUACUCAUACUGGAUUCGAAUCUUGAUUCGAAUAUACGCGUUGACGCGUCAUAUCUGAGACAUGUUUCGUGAGGCCCCAAAACCAUUCAAUUCAUCUCCUUCAAAAGAAGUGUUUUAUAACAUUUUCGAUAUGUUUUUUGGGCUUAAUUGCUAGCUCCAUCCAUCCUAUCUUGCGUGAGGAUAGUCAUUACUCGGGGACCAGUCGUUGAAAGCAAGGAACAACGACAAGGAGAAGGUCUUGUAAAAAUUCGCAGCGAUUGCAUUGAGCAUUAAAGGGACCCUCCCACCUUCAAAAAAGUUUAUGAAUUGGCAUGAAAGUGAUGUCGCUCGGUUCAGAAAGAGCGAAAAUGAAUAUCUACCAAAUUUCACCGAAAAAUAUUCACCGGUUUUCAAGAUAUUAGACUUUUACUUUUGUUUACUUUUUGGGAUCUCCGCUGUUCCUAGCGACUUUAUUAGGAAGCAAUAGUUUGGCAGCUGAAAGUGCGGGCCGGAACUUGUUGCGCGCAAAGCAGCAUAUACCACCGCGUGAUACAAAACGUUUUAGUCAAACAUUUAAAAAUCGUUAGAUAUCUGCGCUGACGUCACACAUUCAGAGGGGUAUUCUUAUGCAUUAGCCCCUCUGAAUCAAAAUGCUGCAAUGUUGAAAUUCAAUAUUUCCGAUUUAAGGCAUUUCUCGAUGUUGUGAGUGCCGAAACCGGUAAUUGUGAGCCAGGGACCCCGUUUUGGCUAUCUCAACUCAAAUCUAAUGUUAAGGUGGAAGGGUCCCUUUAAAUGACGAAAAUAUUUUUACCCCCCACCGCCUCAGGCGAUCACGUGCCUUCACCCACCUUAUGGACACAAAUCCGACACUUCACCGGUCACAAGGGUCUGGUGGCGCACGGGGCUGAAUUUCAGGUUAAUUUUUGCAUUUUGGGAUCCAUUAUGGAGGCCCACCAGCUUCCCAAGCUAACAAAAAGGCAGAAAGACAUUCUUGCUGCCGCUGAAAAGAAGCGUUUUUGCGACCAGCGAGCUCUUCAUAUUGUAGAGCUGCUUAUUGAGCCAGUCAUCAACCCUGUAUGGCUUCUUCAUCAGCUGCAGUUUAUUGACCAGCAGCACUAUGAUGACGUCAUAGAGGAGCGCUCCUGCACCGGCUGCUGCGGCUACCCGCUCUGCGCUAACCGGCUAGGCCGGGUGGCCGAGCACCAGUUCCACAUUUCCACAAUUACCAACCGCAUCUACGACAUGUCAGAGAGGAAGAAAUACUGCAGUAAUGCAUGUUUCCGCGCUUCACGACAUCUGAAGCCUCAAAUUCAGACCAGCCCCCUCUGGCUCCGGGACAAGGAGCCGCCGCCCGUCUUCAGACUGCUCCAAAAGGAAAACAAUGAAAAGGGUGUGGCCGGUGACGUUGUGGAACUGGGCGUGGCACGUGCGCCGGCCGACGAGUCACCUCCGUCUGAGAUAACUACCAAUGAGGUGGCAACAAGCAUGAUGCAUCAGUUUGACGAGCUGUCUGAACAGAUCAGAGACCUCGGCCUGAAACCGGAGGAGGAGCGGGGGAAGCCGGAGGAACGCGGAGCCAGGAAGCAGCGGCGAUCUUGUCUGAGGCGGCCCUCAGGAGCAGAGAGUGAAGGAGGGAGGGCGGAGAGAAAGGCAGUGCAGUUUGAGGAGAGUGCGAAGGCAGAAGGGAGCGAGGGAGAUGAGAUAGAGAGAGUGUGUCGGGUACAGGCGAAUAAUAAUUCAGCUGAUGAAAGGAGGGAUGACAAGCCGAUGAAGGAGGAAGAGCCGAAAAAGUGUGUAUCAGAAGAAGUUACAUGUCCUCAGAAAAUGGAGAACGAUGACAGAGCCGACAGAGCUACAUCUCUCGAUGAAGCUUCGUGUCGACAAGAUCCUGCCGACAAUCCGUCCGUGCUGCCUUCCGCCCCUGAACAAACGGCACGAUCAACGCCAGCGCCCCCGACGCCCCCGGCCGUCCCCGCCGUCUCACAGACAUCCGGUUUCAAGCGUCCGGUGCGCGCUGCGCGGCGGCAACAGCAUCCUCUGAAGGUGGUGGAGGCUCGUCUGCUCGACUGGCUCUCGGACCGGACUCCGGUCGCCGCCGCUGCACCGCUCGCUGAUCCACUGCGGGUGAAUAUCCCGUCAGCCGCUGCCGAAGGCUCUACAGGCUAUGAAAGCCCGUCUGGUGGCACCCCAGACACCCCCGUUCCACUCGCUCCUGUGCUCAGCCCGGAGGAGGCGGCGGCGCGGAACCGGGCGCUGCUCGCCUACCUGCAGGGCCAGGUGCGCGUCCCGGCGGCGGUGCCGCCCCGGCCGGUCGCCCCCGCCCAGGUGACGGAGGAUGGCCGCCCGGUGCCGCCCGAGCCGCUGCUCGAGUCUCAGGAUAAGCAGCGGCGACGGAUCGUCAACGACCACCUCGGCAAGGCCACGGCCCGGCUGCUGCCGCCGCUGGGGCUGCUGAUGUCUGACGUCACGUUACCGCUGCGUCUCCUGGUGGCCAGUUUCCGCCUGACGGCCACCAACGUCACAAUGACGCCUAGCCAGUGGACCCUCGCCGCCGUCGUCCUGCUCAACUGUCUGCUGCAGCUGCACCCCGACCUGGCGGCGCUGGCCAGGGACGCCGAUGUCGCCUUCAGCCGCGCGCUGCAGCCGUUCCAGACGACCCCCGCCAGCCUGGACCGGCUGACCGGUAGGCUUAUGGAGCUACUCGGGGAGCGGUAUAGCGACUCCGGCGCGGCUAAAGGGCCCGAGAGCCGAGAGGUAAAGAAGGCAGACGCGGCGGCUGAGACGACACGCGGUACGGAAGGUGGGGAAAAGGCUGGGAAAGAGACCGGGGUAAAUGUUGGUACAGAAACUGGGAUAGAGGCCACUGAGCCUGGGGCGGAGACUGGUGCGGAGUCGGGCUCGCCUGUAGCAUUGACCCGGACACGGACUUCUGACUGAAUGUGCUGAUCUGCGUCAUUUGAUCGAAUUGUCGAUGGCUAUUAGAACUGACUGCUGCAUCGUGAUAGAUAAAUGGCUUCCGUAAUAUAUGUAAUUUUUGUAAGUUAA